AUGAGUGGGCGUAUCUCCUCCUUGUUGAUCGAGCCUGUGGUUCGGCAAGCUUGUCGUCUUUCUCAGCAGUUAGACUCGCAUCCGCCUUACGAUGACGAUCUGGGCGACUCGCAGACGAGCAUCCGGGACAGGAGCUCUUUGAUAGGUCCUAAUUCUACCGAUUUAGCUGUGAUUAAUAACGGUCUUGAAAGUGAGAGGGCGGUGCUACAUCCUUCCAAAGGCCAAGCGGAACUCGAUCAUACCGCCCCUUUCACCCAGCCUGAACAGUCACUGCAUGAAUCAAGCGGCCGACAUGAUGAUUAUGGCGAAAGUUUCUUUGCAAUUCAGCCUACUACUGGAAUACCCAUUGCAUCCUCAUCGAACCAACCGGUCUUGACGGGUCCUAUGCACGACGAUGGAAAUUACAGUGAUCCCGCAGUGGUCGGAAUAGCGGCCGGUGUUAACUCCAUUCCCGCACAGAACCUGGUCCAGGAGACAAAUCGAAGUGUGCAAGGUACAAAUCUGUCACCGGCCAGCGGGAAUGAUACGGAUAUUAUUGGAGCCCAAUAUCUACUCCCGGAAGAUGAUGGAAUGGGCGUUUUGAGAAGAAAAAUACACGCGAUCAGAGAUCUCGAAUCGACAAAUGACGCAAAAGCACGGAUGAUCCAUGAACUGAUGACUGAAAGAUAUCAUGCUUCUCGAGAAAAGAAGGAGGAUACGACACCUUCCCCACCAAGACCUGCAUCACCGUCUAGCUCCUGGGCUUUUGAGCGACCUAUUACCCCGCGUUCGCACCAAAGUAGUCCGUCUCUCGAUCGAGAGCCUGUGACUCCAGUUUCAACAGCUUCGAUCAGACAACCCCGAACUGAAAUAUCUCAUAAUCUCACCGCCGAAGAUCUGAUGCCCACGUUCUUUCCUAGGCCCGUCCCAGACUCACCCGCGGGUGAUCGCGAAGAUGGGGAUAUUGAGGAUGUCGAAGAACCCUGCUUAGGCUGCCGCCAUUAUAAACGCAAUGUCAAGCUACAAUGUUUUGCCUGUAAGAAGUGGUACACUUGCCGAUUUUGUCACGAUGAGGCAGAAGACCAUCACCUGAAUCGACCAAAGACAGAGAACAUGCUGUGCAUGCUUUGUGGACACCCCCAACCAGCCGCACAGGUUUGUCGCCAAUGUGGUGAACACGCUGCACAGUACUAUUGCGAUAUCUGUAAGCUCUGGGACAAUGAUUCGAACAAAAGUAUCUAUCACUGCAAUGAUUGUGGUAUUUGCCGCAUCGGCCAGGGUCUUGGUAAAGACUUUUUUCACUGCAAGACAUGUAGUGUCUGUCUGCCUAUUUCAAUUGAAAAUACUCACAGAUGCAUCGAACGCUCCACUCAAUGCGACUGUCCGAUCUGUGGAGACUAUAUGUUCACCUCUCCUGAAACAGUUGUUUUCAUGCGCUGCGGACAUAGUAUCCACCAGAAAUGUCUCUCGGAGUACUCUAAGAGUUCGUAUCGGUGUCCGAUAUGUAGUAAGACCAUUGCCAACAUGGAAUCUACAUUUCGGAACCUGGAUCGCACCAUUCAAAGCCAGCCAAUGCCAGCAGAAUUCAAGGAUACCCAUGCUUUAAUUCAUUGUAAUGAUUGCGGUGCGAAAUCAGUGGUCAAGUAUCAUUGGCUAGGCUUGAAGUGUGACAUGUGCGAAUCAUACAAUACCGCUCAAGUUCAACUCUUACAUAGCGAUGCACUGGAUGCAUUAGAACAGGAAAAUGAGGAGAACAGAAAUGACCUGACAUCUCGGUUGCGAUCCUCCUCGCAUGGUGCGGAAAACAUUGCUCCCUCGUUGUCUUCAAUUCAAUCACGGAUUGAUACAGAGACUUUAUCAGGAGCCAACUUGAGUCCAAGAUUCCGUGCGGCAUCAUCUACGGAACCUACUGCGCGUUUUUCAUCCUAUAGUCUUACUCGCGGCCGAGCAGUUUCACCCGUGAUCAGUAAUUAUUUUGGGUUGCCCCCGGACCGGGAAACCGAUCGAUCGAGGUCGACAACAUCUUUCUUCGGAGGGCUUACAAGUAAAGCUGGCGAUGAUCACUCAGGUGGCGAACUUAGCUUGUGGGGUACGAGGAUCAGAUAUAAGUAUGGCUUCCUUGACCGGGACACAGAAUCAGUGGACGGGGUCUCUGAUGCUCAAGAGGACGACGUCGAUGAUGAUGAUGAUGAUAACUCAACAGAAGACGCUGAACGUCCUGGUGGAGAAGAUGAUGAUGAUGACGACGACGAAAGUAUUGAUAUAUUCGGUCAUCGAUAA